AUGAAAGGUAAAACUAUUGGCAUCGACGAACAAGCCGAUCAUCUUAGAAGUGCCCGCAUUCAAUACAAUCGUGACGUUUUAGGCUCUAUUAUUAAAACUAUUAUACUGGCAGGCAGACAGAAUCUUCCCUUACGAGGCCAUCGUGACGACUCAAAGUAUUUUCUAUCUUCUAAUCCUGGGAACUUUCAAGCCUUUUUGAAUUUUAGAGUAGACGCGGAUGACGCGAAACUAGAAAAACAUUUUGAAAAUGCAAGUAAGAAUGCAACUUAUCGUUCGAAGACAAUUCAAAACAAGCUGAUAAAGAUCUGCGGGGAACAAAUCAAAGAAAAGAUUGUUUCUGACAUCAAUUCUAGUGAAUGCCCAAUUUACUCAGUCCUUGGUGAUGAGGCAACAGACUGCAGCAGUAUCGAGCAGAUGCCAAUUGUUGUAAGGUAUGUUGACUCAAAGCAAGAAAUUAAUGAACGAUUUAUUAAAUUUGUUGAGUGUGAAGGAAUGACUGGCGAAGCGCUAGCGAAGAAUAUCGAAGAUACUUUAAACGAAGUUGGGCUACUACUUUCCAACUGUCGUGGUCAGUGCUAUGAUGGUGCCAGUGCAAUGUCAAGCAAAUCAAAGGGAGUUGCUGGUCGUAUUUUAAAAUAA